UCUUAUAAUAUGACCUAUGUAGAGUAUACUGUAGUAUGUAGUUUCUUAACCACUAGUUUGUAGUUAUUGGAUAAUGUUAUGCAAGUAGACUAUAUUUUGUUCAAUGCCAUUGAGCUGUGUGAUUUUAUUUUUUAUUUUCUGUUCAUUAUUAAACUGUACAACAUGUCUGUUUUUCUAUUUCUUCAAUCCUAUUAAAAUACUAUGAUUACAUUGAAGAAUAAUCAUGUUUACUGCUUUUGGUUGUACCGAUAUGACGUUUAUUUUUAAUUUUUACUAUCAAAAUAUGUGUCCAGCGUUUAACAUAAAUAUUCAAAAAUCUGAACGAGCAUUUAGAAAACAAAAACUUAAAACAGUGCCAAUAAGUGUCAAAAUGAAAUUUAAGAAAAACAUUGUUCCAGGAGGCUGGGAAAGCGACGAGUAUGAUGAAUUUGGUGAUCUUAUUGAACACAAGUCAUAUUAUGUAAAACCAGAAGUAGAAGAUUUUCAAUUAACAUUAAAAACCGCCUGUGCAACAAAUAAUGUAUCAGAAAUUACCCGUGUGUUAAAAUCUGGAACUGUUAACAUCAACAGUUAUUUGCAUAAUAGUUGGACUGCUCUGAUGCAUGCCGCAUCUAAUGGAUCUUUAGAUGCUGUAACAUAUCUCUUACAGAAAGGUGCUGAUCCAUUAAUUGAGUAUGAUUGUCAUAAUGUUAUAAUGUGUGUAUGCAAUUGUACUAGAACUUCUAAUGAAUUGGACUUAUUAAAUUGUCUAAAGCUUUUUGCAAAUGUUAAUGGUAUUGACAUCAACUCAAAAGAUAGAACUGGACUGACAGCACUUAUGUAUGCGUGCUCCAAUGGUUGGUUGGAAUUAGUAGAAUUUCUAGUCGAUCAUGGUGCAGAUAUAGAGUUGAAAGAUCAUCAGUCUGGAGAGACGGCUUUGUUUUCAGCAGUACGUAAGAACCAUGUACAUAUUGUGAAAUUUCUAUUAUCAAAAGGAGCUGACAAGGACGCCACUGACAAUAAAUGUCAAACAGUGCAUAGAAUAGCUGAAAGUAAAAACAUGGUUGAUAUUUUAAAUGUAUUGAAUAUGGAUUAUAAAAAUGCACAAUUAGAAGUUUAUUAUUCAGGAGAAGAACAAUUGUACUGGAAUGAAGUUAUGACUGAAUUGGAAAAUGGUUUUAGUAAAGACAUUAAAUCAUUUUUAGAAACGUUAUCAAUGGAAAUCUAUACUGAUCAUCUAGUUUCCAAUAAUGUAACUUUUAAAAGUAUACUUACUGGAAAUGAUGAUCAAUUUGUUAAUAUGGGAAUCACUUUAUCACCACAUCGUAAACUUUUGGCUACAGCUCUUAAAUGUUAUCAUUUGUGGAGUUGGUCUAAUCAUUCUUUAGGUCUUAAAAAUGACAAUAUGAAUGCUGAAAAAAUUGCACAGACAUUGGGGAUAAUAGUUAGACAAUUGCAUACUUUGGAUGCUACAAUAAAGUACUUAGGAAAUAAUAAUUAUCGUUUGGAUCAACAGAAAGGUCAUAGAGCCAUUAAUAUUAUAAAACAAAUUAGUACUACAGAGGAUAAAAUAUUCAAAAUAUUGGACAAAAAAGUGAGAAUGGGUCAAGUGGAUUACACAGGAUAUAAGAUAAAGAAUCAAAAUUUAAAAAAAAACAUAGAUAACUUGUUCGCUAGUGCAGCUGUUCUUUUAGUAUUAUUGCGCAUAUUUUAAAUAUAUUUAUUUUAAAAUUUUUUAUUUGAUCAAUUUAAGAAAUAUAAAGUGUUGCAAAUUGUCAACUAACCAUUCAUUUUUGUAUUUUUAUCAAUUUAAAAUAUAUACAUUUUAUCUAUUUUAA